UUGCGAAGUGUAAAAAUUAGUUUUGGAAGUUUGGGAAAGUGAAUAACCAAAUACAGCAAUGGCACGGAACUAUCCUGCCAAUACACAAGUCCAGAAAUUUUUGGAAGAGUCUUACAACAAAGAAAGAGACACCAGACUUCAGUGGUAUUACAAAUUAAGGGAGAAUUCUAAUGCCAACAUUGGUGCCUCAAAACAGUCUGAAGUUGCUAGAAGAAAAAUACAAAAUGCUCCAAAACCAGCCGAGGACAUGUUCAACAAAAUUUCAGGUGAUUAUGCUCCACAACAAUUCAACAAAAAGAAGUCGAACUUUGAUGAUUUACAAACAGAAAAAUCAGAAAAAGGACUUGCGCAACUCGUUGCAGAAAUGCGGCCUGUGGAUUUGAGAGUAAAGGAAAAGUUAUAUGACGGAUUUACAAAGGAAGGAAAAGGACGAUAUCAAUAUCUACAUUCAAGGUACAAAGAUAGUCCCGAAGAUAAGUUUUCUUUCCCACUUCUUAGUUCUUGGGAAUACGGUUGGCGGCUUGGGGAUGUCAUUCCAAAAGAAGACAUUAAAAAACCUCAGCACGGGCGUACAAAAAUUGUUGCAGACACUUUUUAUACCCGAACAGGAAUACCUGCCAAUCCACGUGUAAGUGUAUAAACCUGACUUGAAGGCGAAAAGAAACCAUUCCGCAUUUCAAUAACUGUGAUUCUUUUGUUAAGUCAAACUCUUAUUGCCUAGUGCAUAUUUCACAAUAAUUACAUUCAGAGUAAUAACACUCAAUUGUCAUGUAGAAAUAAUUAAAUGGUUACGGAUUUAAAUCAGUUGUGUUGCGAGGAGAUUUACAUGUAGUAUUAUUUCAUUUGCUCAAACACUUCACAGCUUGUGUGCUCAUGUGUCAUGUUUAUUUGUUUAUGCUUUGCAUGUUUCACUUAACUGUUUAAGAAUAUUUGUAAUGAAUCGUUUUGUGGGGAGUAUUGUAUACUCUAGCCCUUACCAGUGCCAGUCCGUCCAGUUGGCAAAAUUUGUACAUAAACAUUUUGUAUAUAUUUUGAUUUUAUACAAUAUUUUUAUCAUUUCGAAUAUAUUUUCCUAUGUUUCAUAUGCAUAUAUUAAAUUUUUGUUAUUGUGACA